UUGGAAUACACCAAUGCAGGACAAGCAUAUUCACAGGGUCCUUUUUCAGAGGUGUCCCUUAUUCUAGGGUAUUGGAAUACACCAAUGCAGGGCAAGCAUAUUCACAGGGUCCUUUAUUCAGAGGUGUCCCUUAUUCUAGGGUAUUGGAAUACACCAAUGCAGGACAAGCAUAUUCACAGGGUCCUUUUUCAGAGGUUUUACGACAGCACCAUUUUGUAUGUGACUUGCAAUUUUGAGGGUGCAAAUAAUGAUGGGUUAUUUUGAAACAGUUGCAUAGGGAGAGACGACAGACCUGGCUACAGGCCCUGUGUAGGAGACAAACUGGUGUCCAUCAGUACACCCUUUGCCACCUACUGUCCCGAGGUGUUUCACGACACCAUGACGACAGGCCACGUCUGCAAGCUGAUUGGUCGGAACGGCAGCUUGUUCCUGACGGACGCCUGUCACCUCCCAAACACAGAAGGAGCUGGUCUGAGGAGAGACAGAUCUCUUUCAGUGGAUGUGGUUGCCAUGGUACUGGCUCCCCUAUUCUGUGAGAGAGGCCACCCAACAGGACUCAGUCUUGCCACCUCUCUCUCCUCCCUCCGCCCCCCCUCUCCUCUCCCACCCCCCUCCACCCUUCUUCCUCCCCCACAAGACAAUCUCACAGGUGUGUGUAAGCUGGUGGUGGGAGUGGCAGUGGGCUCUAAUUGGGGUAGUGGAAUUCUUCUCUCAUGUGACAGAAUCCUGACAUGUGCACAUGUCGUCACCAAACUCCGCUCCAGUCCAGUCACAAUUUACAUACCUUCUGAGUCCCGGGUUCAUUCUGGAUCAGUGCUGGAAUGGAACGGGGACAUGGACCUUGCUGUCAUAGGACUCAGAGAUGGUAUUGUGGGCAGUCUGGUUCCGGAACCAUCUGGGACCAGAUCCACCGGUCUCAUUCUCAGUCUGUGGCGGAGAGACGACCACAUGACUACCGUGGGGGACCAGUGUGUGCCAUUGGCUACGAAUGUCCACCGUGGCAGUCUAGUGCUCCGCUGGUGACGAGGGGUGUGGUCAUGCAGGUUGCCGGGUGGGGUGGGGAGGGUGUGAUGGUUGUGAGCAGUGCCGUGAUGCUCCCGGUGAUGAGUGGAGGUCUCCUAGUGAGUGAGGAGGACGGCUGUCUGCUGGGCAUGAUCGUCUCCAUUUCAGACCACUCAAUAAUGAUGAGUCAGCACACAACCAAGAAAUCGGUCACAAGACCAAGUUCAACUUCUGAUCAGCCCGGGGUCUGGGGAUGCCACCACAGGCCACACCUACUCCCUGUUGUUGCCAUGGUUACUACCA